AUCUCUUUAUAAGCUGCUGAGCUGUCUGGUCGUGUUCAGUUUCUUUGUCAGCAUUUCUAUUACCACUGCUGUAGGUUUACCCUCACCAGCAGCAUCUCUGCUACCAUGGCUGGAUUAAGAUCUGUUUUAUUCACAUCAUUAUGGAUAUUUUCUCUGGCUGGAGAAGAACAUCGCAAGGUAACAGUGAAUCCUGGAGAAGACGUCCCUCUUCAGUGUCAGGCGUCCAUAAAUGCUGAGAUCAUACUGGUAAAGUGGAGCAGACCUGACCUGAAGUCAAACAAAUAUGUCUUCUUCCUCCGAGAAAACCGCCCAUAUGAGAAGUACCAGCUCCCCUCAUAUCGUGGUCGAGUGAACCUGAGUGAUCCAGAGAUGAAAGACGGAAAUGUUUCUGUUGUUCUGAAGAACGUCAGCGUUUACGACACCGGAACAUAUGAGUGUCGAGUUAUAAUCAGUGAGGGAGAAGAAUCUAAACUCUACAGCACCAUCCAGCUAAAUGUCUCAGUCUCAGCCUCUCUGACUGUGAGUCCCAGCAGCUCUCAGCUGUUUAAAGGACAGCCUGUCUCUCUGAGCUGUGAGGAGGACGACAGCUCUGCUGGAUGGACUCUGAGGAGGAACUCAACCAGAGACACCGGUACUCAGUGUGGAGGCGGCUGGGGAAAUCCUGCCGGUUCCUCCUGUAAAAUUGGCUACAUGGUUCAAUGGGACAGUGGAGUUUACUGGUGUGAGUCCAGAGAGGGAGCAACCAGUAACAGCAUCAACAUCACUGUCACUGGUGGACCAGUGAUCCUGCAGAGUCCUGUCCUCCCUGUGACGGAGGGAGAAGACCUCACUCUGCACUGUAAAACAGAGAUAUCCUCCAACCUCCCAGCUGGUUUCUAUAAAGAUGGCUCCUUCAUCAGGACUGAGCCUGCAGGUCACAUGACCAUCCACCAUGUUUCCAGGUCUGACGACGGCCUCUACAAGUGCAACAUCAGCAGUGUUGGAGAGUCUCCACCCAGCUGGGUCUCUGUCACAGUUCUGACCUCACUGCUGAGCAGCACAACAAACCAAGCCUCUCUGACUGUGAGUCCCAGCAGAUCUCAGAUGUUUAAAGAUGAAUCUGUCUCUCUGAGCUGUGAGGAGGACGACAGCUCUGCUGGAUGGACUCUGAGGAGGAAUACAACCACAAAAACCAGGACUCAGUGUGGAGAUGGCUGGGGAAAACCUGCUGGUUCCUCCUGUAACAUCAGCUACAUGGCCCCAUACCACGGUGGAGUUUACUGGUGUGAGUCCAGAGAGGGAGCAACCAGUAACAGCAUCAACAUCACUGUCACUGGUGGACCAGUGAUCCUGCAGAGUCCUGUCCUCCCUGUGACGGAGGGAGAAGACCUCACUCUGCACUGUAAAACAAAGACGUCCUCCAACCUCUCAGCUGAUUUCUAUAAAGAUGGCUCCUUCAUCAGGACUGAGCCAGCAGGUCACAUGACCAUCCACCAUGUUUCCAGGUCUGAUGAAGGCCUCUACAAGUGCACCAUCAGCAGUGUUGGAGAGUCUCCACCCAGCUGGGUCUCUGUCAGAGAGAAAACAAAGACCACAGGCCCUACUUCAAGCUCUCUGCCACCCCCUGACACCUCAGCUCCGCCCCCGACCUCAGACUGCCUUGUGAUCAGACUGGCCGUCCACCUGGUGGUGCUGUACUGCAUCUCCACUUUCAUCAUGGUGUCUUUUUAUCGACACAGGACCAAAGGAAAUGACCUGCCCGUCUCCGUGGUGAUGACCCCACCCACCCAGGCUGAGGAGGGAUUGGAUGAAGACUAUGAUAAUGACAUCACUGCUGUCACCACGGAGCAUCACUUCUGAACUGAUCUGAGAAGAAGCUCAAAUGUUUCAAGUCCUCAUAAAUCAGGAACAGUGGAAGCCUCAGAAAGCUUCCCUGUGGAUCUCCACAUGUUCUAGUUUGACCUGUAGAUGGAGGAUGUUUACCAAUUUAGUUUUUAGUCCAAAGAUUUGCGAUGAAAAGAGUUUAAACUUGCAGCUUCUUGUAAUGCUCCAGUCUGCAGCGUUUUGAAACCUGUUAGUUUCCACCAAUGAGAUGAGACGGUGUAUCCUCUGCAUUGAGAUGACUCUGGGGCGCUCAUUGAGCCUCCGUCUAAAAUUCUGCCAACAGCUGACAGUUUGAAACAUAGAAAUAAAAUGGAUCAUUUCAUUUCUAUAGUUUGCAGCUGAUUUGACCGUUCCAAAACCAGCCUCUGAAAACGUAACCAUCUGAGUCCCAGCGACACCAUCAGCUUGUUUUAGUCGAGCUGAAACGGGCCGCUUCAGAUGUUACGGUUUCUUCUCGUUGCAAACUUUGCUCUGAACUGGACUUUAGUAGCAGAUAGUUGUUCAGGUUCUGCUGUAAGUCGUGUUGUUGGUCAUGUCUUAGAUGCCAAGUUUUUAAAUCUCUUCAGAUCAAAUCAAAUAAAAUGAUGAGCAUCUUU